AAUGCUUGGCUUCAAUGCUUCCCAGCUCAGAAUGGGCUCCUCCACCGCACCAAAACAGUGCAUGCUUUAGGCAUGGCUACCUAACCCUCUCGGCGUGCCUCAUCGCCUAUACAAACCAAACCAGAUCACCACCCCACCGCAACGCGUACAACCAUGAGACCCCUUGUACCUCUUCUCUUUCUCCUCCUCUCCGCCGUCGUCUCUACCUCUCACGCUCUCGCUUCCGCCCCGUCUUCCCGGAAGGCUCUCGGUGGCUGGACCCCCAUCAAGAACACCGACGACCCCCACGUCCGCGAGAUCGCCGAGUUCGCCGUCGCCGAGCACAACAAGCAGGCGAAUGCCAGUCUCGCCUUGAGCAAGGUGGUGAAGGGCGAGACGCAGGUGGUGGCCGGGACGAACUACCGCCUGGUGCUGCAGGUGAAAGAUGCAAGCGGCGCGCGUGUGAAGUACCAGGCGGUGGUGUGGGAGAAGCCAUGGGAGAACUUCCGCCAGCUCACCUCCUUCAAGCUGGUCAAGAGCUAAUUACGACGUGCAGCAGGGUUUGUGUUCGUCAUGGAAGCUUGCAUUGUGUACCUUAACUGCGUCUUCUUCUCACUAUUACAACGAUAGUCUUAUGCUUAAACGAGUCUUUUCGUGGGACCAAUAUUGAAUCUGAGAAGAACUGUUCAUGGUUGUGGU